AUUUGCAGAAAACCAAAACCCUGAACCCAAAGCCGGAAAACAUCGAAGGUGGCAUGGAGAUGGAAAUAGAUUCUCCAAAACCGGAAAGCAACGAUAAUCAAAUUAAGGACGAUGACCUCUUCCGAGCCGCAGAGAGAGGAGACUCGGCGAUAUUCAAAGCCCUUUCUCAAGAACAGUUUCAAAGGGCUCCUUCGCUGAGGAACGAUGACAGUCGAUCCCUUCUUCACGUCGCUGCGGCGUCUGGUCAUUCCGAGGUUGUGAAGAUACUGUCUGCUGCCGAUGCAUCAAUCAGCGGAGUAAAUAGCACAGAUGAGGAAGGGUGGGCUCCGCUUCAUUCAGCAUCAAGUUGUGGUCACGCAGACGUUGUGGAAAUUUUGCUAAGCAAUGGAGCUGAUGUGAAUUUGAAAAAUAAUGGCGGUCGCACUGCUCUUCACUAUGUUGCCAGCAAGGGAUGGUUGAAAAUAGCUCAAAUUCUGAUCGCGCAUCGUGCAAAGCUUAAUCAGAAAGACCAGGUUGGCUGCACACCAUUGCAUCGGGCAGCUAGCACAGGGAACUCUGAGUUGUGUGAAUUCUUAAUUGAGGAAGGAGCAGAGGUUGAUGCUGUUGACAAAGCGGGGCAAACUCCUCUGAUGAAUGCAGUAAUAUGCCAUAACAAAGAGGUAGCUCUCCUCCUGAUAAGGCAUGGAGCAGAUGUGGAUGUUGAAGACAAGGAGGGGUACACUGUACUUGGCCGAGCUUCAGAUGAUUUCAGACAGAUACUGAUUGAAGCUGCCAAGACCAUGCUUGAAGGUUGAAUGUUUGGAAUAAUUCAUGAAUUUAAGAUGGGUCGUGCAGGCAUUGGGGUUUGCAUAUAGGAUUAAUCUUAGCUGGGAUUCCUAAAGAACAGCAGGUGACAUUUUUGUUUUCCAAUGAGAACCAUUUGUCUUAUACAUCUGUUGCACCUAUUAUUUCAUCUGUUUAGUGUGACUUUCAGUUCCUUGUUUC